GCCUCUGGGUAACCCCACCUAUUGGCGCAUGUGUCUGGGUAAACACCACAUGAACUCAUCCCGGGACCUCCCUUCCCAUGAGGCCUGCUACAAGGUGGACGGCAUCGUCAGGCACAAGGGCUUCGUGUACGAGCAGGACAAGACGGACAUCACUAACGACAUCGCCCUGGUGCAUUUGAGCUCUGCAGUCAACAUGACCAGGGAGAUUAGUCCCGUGUGUCUGCCGGCGCUCGGCGCCCUGAUGCCUGCUGGGAAACCCUGCUACGUCACGGGGUGGGGCGACGAGAAAGGUAGCCUCUUCCCUGUUGUAUCUGAGAAGUUGAACCAGGCAGCCCUGCCCAUCGUCCCCUUCGCCACCUGCAGUAAGCCAGCCUACUGGUGGGACACCCUGAGACCCUCCAUGAUCUGUGCCGGAUACGAGUCUCCAGACGAGCUCAAGUCAGCCUGCCAGGGUGACUCAGGUGGCCCCUUCGCCUGCCAACCCUCAGCCUCAGACCCGUGGGAGGUCCACGGCAUCGUCAGCUUCGGCCCCUUCGGCUGUGUCAAGGACAAGAAACCCUCUGUGUUCACCAGAGUGUCCUCCUUCAACGACUGGAUCGAUGAUAACAUGAAGAGGUUCAUCUAUGAAAAGUCGCUAGACUAAGGCGAAAUCACUGAUCUCAGAACUGUUGGGGGGUGUUGAUGUAGAUGGUAGAUGGUAGAUGGAGUUGCUACCUAACCACAAAUCUAGGAUCAGAUUAUAAUUACUCAUCUCAGAACUGUUUUGUCAGGUUGGAUAGUGUGUGUUGGAGUUGGAACCUAACCACAGAUCUAGGAUCAGAUUAUAAUUACUCAUCUCAGAACUGUUUUGUCAGGUUGGAUAGUGUGGGUUGGAGUUGGAACCUAACCACAGAUCUAGGAUCAGAUUAUAAUUACUCAUCUCAGAACUGUUUUGUCAGGUUGGAUAGUGUGGGUUGGAGUUGGAACCUAACCACAGAGCUAUGAUCAGAUUUGUUUAACCUGACGCAUAACACAAUCUAUUAGGUAGGUGGGAAAUGAUCUGAUCCUGUUAGGGCAGCUUGAUCCUACCUUCUACACUCAUUAAAGUUUAACACUACAGUAUUUAUACACUGCAGGCCCCAAGAGGUUUCAUAAUAUAUUUGAGUCAUUUAGCAGAUGCUCUUACCCAGUGUGACUUAAAGGAGCAAUUAGGGUUAAGUGCCUUGCUCAUGGGCACAUCGGCUGAUACAGUAUUUCACCUAGUCGGGGUUUCAAGCCUGACCCAACGCUCUUAGCCGCCAGGCUACCUGCCGCUCCAGUAGGGAGGUAUAAUACACUGCAGCACCACAGUACCUUAUGGACAUUAGGAUUAUACUGUGUAUACCAGUACAGAUGAUUGUGGGAAUACUUUUUGCAUAAUGUCUGUAUAUCAAUCUCCUAUUCUCAGCAUGUAGAAAUAUUGUAAGUAAUGUGAUCAUGUUUCAUGUUGCAAUUGCUUCCAUUCUGGACCUUUGAAUAAAAUCCUUAUUUUGCAUAUUCUC